UAUUAAUAAUGGUUGGUUCGAAGUACAUAUCAGUUGAAUGGAAUAUUUUAAAUUUAUUCAACUGAUAAUUAUUUUUAAUAUAUGUGUCUUUUUUAUUUGAUUGGUGUUGGUAAUUUUAAGAAUGUUUCAAUGAUACUAUGUAUUACUAUGUAACUACACAUAAUUAUAUAUGAACUUGUUUGUCUGAAAUAAAAUAAAUCAUUCAUUCAUUAAAUCCUACCAUCCUUUUACAACAUUGAACAUAUUAAUUAUAUUGUCUGUGCCUUUAGAUGUCAUUUUGUCAUUUCAUGAUGAAAUUUUCAUUUAAAUUUAAUUUAUUUGAUAGUUUUCGCUUAAACGCGCCUAAUAUUUAAAGUGUUCGUAUAAGGCAUGACUUUCGGUAUCUUAUAUCAAAACACUUCCGCAUAUGGACCACACUCGCUUUUCCUAUCAAAUAAAUCAAUAAAAAAAGCGUCAAAAAAAAUAUGACAUUAAACAUUUGAUCAUUUCUACUACAAAAUUUGGCUUCGUUUUUCAAGGGAAGCUUAUAAACCUUCGUUCACAAAUGGACAAAACAGACAAAAAAUGUAAGAAGAAUGGUCUAACAAAACCUAUCACAACCCUAGAAUGGGCUAAGGAUAUCACUGCAAUCGAUUUAAGCAACAAAGGGAUCAGUGAAUUAACGCAUAAUUACACGCUCCCGGAGAAUUUAUAUGACUUGGAUUUGUCGAACAAUAAUCUUAAAGAGGUUCCCAGUGAAGUCUUAAAACUUACAAAAUUAAAAACAUUUAACGUCUCCCAUAACAGUAUAACUUACUUUGACGACGCUCCCGAUUUCUGCAAUACUAUCGAACAGCUGAACAUAUCUAACAAUGCACUGGAGGGCCCGCCGUAUUGGAUCUGGUCGAACACCCCUCAAAAAUUAAGAAACCUUAAUCUCAGUAAUAAUCCGAAUAUAACGAAAUCAUUAAAAAAAGAAUAUUUAGAAGAGUUAAUGCAGUACUCAACUUUAGUCACUGAUGUAGAUGUAAGUAACUGUAGAAUAGGAGAGAACAUACAAAUUCUAACAUUAUUUAAAAACACAAAAACUCUAAAUGCUGGUAUUUUGGAUUUCACUUAUAGGAAUAAAAAUAAUUUAAUAGAACUACCCAAUUUAGUCUUGGAUAAAUAUAUUAAUUUACAAAAAUUGAAUGUUUGCAAUACAAACAUAUUUACGAUCAACUCAAACAUAGAUAUUCACAAGAAUUUAAUUGAAAUUGACCUCUCACUAAACAACAUAACAGGCUUACCAAAAGAAUUUUGCAAUCUAUAUAACCUGGAAGUAUGUAUAUUAUCAUGUAAUAAAAUUUUAUAUUUGCCUGAGGAAUUUUACAAAUUAGAAAAACUGAAAGUGCUUCGUUUGGAUACGAACAAGCUAUGUAUGCUUCCGAACUGUACAAAAUUGGGCAGCCUUGAAUUAUUAGAUUUGUAUGACAAUGAUAUUUAUGAGGUACCUGAAGAAAUUGAGAACAUAGAGAAAUUGGAUUUGGCACAAAAUUAUUUUGAUGAACCAACUGAUGAAAUUUAUCUCUCCAAAAGGAAUAAGUUAAGACUAAAUUUGGUGCGAGUUGACGGAAGAAAAGAAGAAAUCACAAUUUCUGAAAGUGAAAGUUCUUCAUUAAGUGAUGCAGAAGAGGACUCGUAUCCAAUCGAUAAUUUGGAUGAAGAUGCUGUAAAACAAAACGAACCACCGAGCUCACCAGAAGACUGGGAUUCAGAUGAGUACUGGAUACCAAAGUUCUAUAAGUUAUCAACUCCCUCAACAUCACAAUGGCUCUGUUUCAUAAAGCAAAAAAUGGAAGAAGGAAACUUUUGCCCAAUAGAUAUGCAUGUUACAUCAGUGAUUGACAAGAUUAAUGAGGAACGCAUGUUAAGCCCGAAAGAGGACCAUGAAUCGGAGGGACAGUUUGAUGACUAUUCUGAUGACAAUAGCUGACCGAUGAGUACUGGUGUUAUCUUAAAAAUACAAUAUGAAAAUUAUUAAACCAUGUUACAAAAAACAUUAUUAUGUUUUAAAAUUUAUUGAUUAUGAAAAGAAAAGCAUUUAAUAAAUAAAAAAGAAGAAAAAUAGUUUGAAAAACGGUUAAUUGAAAUAA